CACUUACAGCAGCAGAAGCAGACAUGGCGACGGUGGUCCAGCCGCUGACUCUGGAGCGAGAUGUGGCACGGGCGAUCGAGCUGCUGGAGAAGCUGCAGGAGUCUGGUGAUGUUCCUGGCCAUAAGCUCCAGUCUCUGAAGAAGGUUCUACAGAGUGAAUUCUGCACGGCCAUCAGAGAGGUCUACCAGUAUAUGCACGAGACAAUAACAGUAAAUGGCUGUCCAGAGUACCAAGCUCGCGCCACAGCAAAGGCCACAGUGGCGGCUUUCGCAGCAAGUGAAGGUCACUCUCAUCCGCGAGUGGUGGAGCUGCCAAAGACCGAUGAGGGGCUGGGUUUUAACGUGAUGGGUGGAAAAGAGCAAAACUCACCAAUCUACAUCUCCCGCAUCAUCCCCGGGGGCGUGGCUGAGCGACAUGGCGGACUGAAGAGGGGAGACCAGCUUCUGUCUGUCAAUGGAGUGAGCGUGGAGGGAGAGCACCAUGAGAAAGCAGUGGAGCUGCUGAAAGCCGCUAAGGACAGCGUGAAGUUGGUGGUUCGCUACACCCCAAAGGUCUUGGAGGAGAUGGAGGCUCGCUUUGAGAAGCUCCGCACGGCCCGCAGGCGCCAGCAACAGCAGCUACUGAUGCAGCAGCAGCAGCAGCAGCAAAACCUCAACACUCAGCAGAACCACAUGUCGUAGGUUGUUCCAGAAGAAGAAGAAAUAGAGGAUUCGGAGUGAGCUCUGCUAGAACUCAAAUCCGGCGACCUGCAGCCAUCCAGCAGAAGAGAAAGGAGGGUCAUGCUGUUUUCCAACGAAGACCACCCCUCGUUCAGUGUACUACCUACAGCUUUACAAAGGUCGACAAACCUCUAUGAUCCGUGUCCUGAAACGUAUACACAUUGGUGCUUGGUUUUGGAAAAGACGACAGCGCGAGAGAGAGAGAGCACUUGUUUUAUCUUUUCGUUGUUAACUUUUUAGUUCCUUCUCAGCCAGUUGCAAGUUGUGACCCUCUCCAAAGAAAGUCCUUCUCGUAGUUUGUGACGCCGUAUUUACUUGUGUUCAACUGAAUUUGUUGACAGACCUUUUUUUUUUACGUUUUCCCAUUGCCACAGCUUUGUACAAUAACCUCUUGACGGAUUCUUCGGUGCUUGUGUCUGUGCGAAAGAAAAUUGCUUUUUGUGUCAAACGUGUCCUUGAUUGGAUAAAAGUGAGGUAUUUUAUACCAUAUUGUAGCAAGGAAUAUUUUGUAUAAACAAGGUAGAUUUAGCAAUAACACACUUAAGUUGGUUUUACAUGCGUCAUUGUUAAAUUCUGGGGAAAUUUAAAGGAAUAUAAAGGACACAGAAGCUUAUGAUGGUAGUGCUGUGGUCCUUUAAAGGAUCGCUUGCCCGGAAAUGCUAACAUGGCUAGCAACGAGUGCAAGCUAGCAGAACAGGGAACAAAAGGCAGCAGCUAGCUUCCUAGCUAUGUACUAGCUAACGGCCAACUUUUCAUGCUCUGCUAAGCCCGGUUUGUUGUUAGCUAUGUUAGCAUUUUUAGCCAAACAAUCCUUUUUAUCAUAAGAUAGGUUCUGCCAUCGACUUCAUUUGCACAGAAUGUCCUUAAUGUAUAGGCUAGCUGCAGCACCAGUGCUAAUCAAAGAGGUUUCCGUUCAGAAGAUGUCUGGAAACUGUGUGAACGUUAUGUUACGUACAAAGUUCUAAUGCAAUUUUAGAAAUGUGAGGAAACUAUUCACAACAGAAAUCUAAUGAAAAGAUACUCUAUUUAUGCUAGGUUAAUAUUUAAUAUGAAAAAGCCUAUACUAUAAAAACUUCCUAUAUUAUUUAUUUGAGGACGAGCAGAAUGUCAAACAGAUAUGCGCAAACUUAUAUAUAUAUAUUGUGGUGGUGGUGGUGGUGGUGGUGGUGUUGGGGGGGUCAUGACAUAAUAUUUUAUUAUUUUUAAAUGGUUAUAUUUUCUAGUUUGUGAUCUCAGAGUUUUCAGCAGGCUAUUAAUUGUGAUGUUACUGUAUUAAAAUUUACUGUAUAUUCUGCAACUAAUAACUGACCACUUAAUCUAAUCAGAUCACCUCCACCUCUUUCCUGUACACUGUCCACUUUUGACAAUCAUUCGAUUAGAUUUGCAUUUAUUGGAGUAUUUUUAUUUUUCCAAACCACAACACUGACACAGACAACAAGCAAUCCAUCCCUUAUAUAAAUUAUUGUAUGUCCGCUAAUAUCAAAGAACCAUAAGCCGCUUUUCCGCUGUAUGGUACUUGCUCGACUCGACUCGACUCGACUCGACUCUACCUGACUCUACUUUCUUUUUUUUGGUUUUCCACUUGGUCAGUCUGGUACAUUGUACCUGUUAUCGGGUAGUAUAUUUGGUACCACCUCCGUUGAGGUUCCAAGCAAGUUGAGCUGACACCAGGUGACGUAAAAAUGCAACAGACUACCGAUUGGUUGGAGAGAAUUGCUAAUCAUAUACGCUAACGCUAGUUACCAGGUUAGCGUUCCCUCUUGCGUCGCCUUUGAACAAUCAGAGUUGUUUCGUCGUCUGAAGUCUGAUGUAGUAUUUCCCAAACUUUCCUGGUUUUUUAGCAGUAUUUUAUCAUGCUGCCAUCCGGCUUUUCUGAACAAACAAUUGUCUCUUUCACGUCUCGGUAGUUUCAUGUGACGUUGCUAUGAUGACCAGCAACAUUGAGGGGGUACUCUAUCUGGAGCAGAAAACAAAGUAGCUGGUAGAGUCGAGCUGGAAUGUGCUAUGCAGUGGAAAAGCAGCUAUAGAACAGUAAGUUGAACAGUGAAUGAUCAACAGUAGUCAAAGGUAGUGUUGUAUCUAUAUUAUUGUUACUUUGUUUGUUUAGUUUCCUGGUCCGAACCUGAAUAUUUUCUAUUGUUCCUUUGCUGUUGGUAGCCUAUGAGAGAAGUAUUAGUAAGUACAGAUGUUCUUAGUGGAAGCUGGCGAUGCUGUGAAGUUUUGUUUUUGUCCCUCGAUCUGCUGUAUGAGCUGUUCAUCUACUGACUUUUCUCCCUUUUUGUAUGUUUACUUAAACACUUUUCUUACCGAUGACUUGCAUUUUCAAGACUGGUUAAAACUGUACUUACUAUACAGAGAGACAAAAACAAUACCAGGUGAUAUGCAAUUGUUAUACAUAUUAUAUUUGUAUAAAUAAAUAUAUAUGUCUGUGUG